GUAUAAAGCAGAUAUGAUCGAUACGAAGUUCACAUCAAGGUUUGUUAACCAAGUGGCAGUCAGUGGUUUCAGUAGGAGCGUAUAGUAAUAUUUCAAGGUGAAGGAGAGCUCCAUAAUCGCUAACUGAAGACAAUUUAAUCAACCAUGAUUGGCGACCUAUAUAAGCGUUACCCGUGGGUGUGUACAGUAUGGGCUUUUAUGGAAGUAGUCCUCUUUGCCGGGGUUCUCUUUGGCUGGGGCUCCCUCGUCUUCAUACUGAAGGAAGAGGGCUUCUACUUGGAGGAAUGCGCGGCCGUGUUGUCCACGGGGACCGGUGACCCGGUUCUAAACAUGGAUUUGACGUACAAUUCCUCGUUGGUCGAAAUGGCAGAAAUCACGUCCGUUAAUUCAACGAAAGGGACGUAUCAAAUUGAUAUGAAUAACACAGACGAAGGCCCUAUUAAACACUUUAUAGACAUGGGAUGCCAGGCACAAGAAUCUAAACUGAACUUGUGGUUUUCCAUCGCCGUCAGCAUCAUGUAUCUAUCCUUCACUGGGAUUGGCUACCUAAUACGGCUCGUGGGCACGAGAAUCACGCGUCUUAUUUUCUUUGUUAUAUACUUGACUGGAACAAUGUGUUUAGCCUUCGCCACCCCAGCUAUUCCGUGGCUGAUAUUUCCUGGUCUCGCCUGCAUCGGCACCGGAGGAUUGACCCUACUGGCAACCAAUAUGCAGGUAGCCGACCUCCACCCGCACCUUCGCUCAACCAUUGUGGCCAUCUUUACGGGUUUCUUUGAUUUCUCCUCCAUCAACAAACAACUCAUCCGGAUUGCAUUUGAGGGCGGAAUACCUCGGCGUUCCUCGUACAUCUUCUAUGCCCUGCUUUACGCUGUUAUUGUUUCCAUAAGUACGUGGUUUUUCCUGCCAAAAAAGAACAUGGACGAGGACCACAUUGAAAACAUCAAAACAUAUAGAGAGAGUAUUCGAAGGAAGUCCCAUUUUCAAAAAGGGGAUAUUGAGACAUUCACCCCUCCGACGAGUAAUGGAUUGGUCCAUUCUGAGAAGGACGAGGUUUACCAAAAAGAGGCUUCAGCGAAACUGCUCACUCCCGAGGAUCUGCUGAACGGAAAUUUAAAAGAGAAGGGGUUGGAAAAUGUCGGUUUGAGCAACAACGCCAUCAACGCUGAAAUACGAGACGUGCGGCUGGCCAAGGAGAAAAAGCCCGGACUCGCGUCUUCAAUCUGCAACUUCACGUUUCUCAUGCACCUGUUCUGGCUGCACGUGCACGCGCUCAGAUUCGUCACCUUCAUCGGCCUGCUCAACGUUUGGCUCGAGAAAAUAUUCCAGGAGAAUGAACACAGAGUUGGUGAGAUGUUGUCCACCUUCUCUUAUAUGACGAUGGGGGCAAUAGGAACAGCGCUCUUCUGUGGAUUCGUCUACGAUUAUCUUAGAACCAAAUACGCAGACUGCAGCCACAUCCGACGUGUAUAUCUUCCCGUGGUGCUCCCUAUGGUGCUGGUGAUUUUCUACUCCAUGGGAACCACAGCCUCGUGCCUCAUAGAACACCCGAUCGCUCCUUACUUUGCGUUCGGUUUCUUCACGUUCUUUAGAUCAUCGCUGUUCACGGUCGCAGUGGCGUUCGUUGGCGAUGCAUAUCCGAUGGACCAUUUUGCUGUGAUGUUCGGGUUUAUUCAGUGCUCAGCGGGUGUCGCGGGGCUUAUUCAGUACCCAAUAUUCCAGUGGUACGCGGCGUCCUUGGGCAGUUCCGUCCAUGUAAACGUGUUCCUGUUGGUUCUUCAAGCGGUGACCCUGAUCCAUCCUUUUCUGCUAUUCUACAAGGGCCGACGGGCCUCCGAGGUGAAUAAGGAAGGCGUGUUCCGUUUGGAACUCGUUGUGCCCUCGACUGCUUGAGCGUGUGCGGGCCUCCAUAGCAAACUUGAGUGGAAAUUUUCCGCAAGGAACUUGUUGUACCCUCGAUCGAUUUAAACUGUUGCCAGAAAAGGACACUAUUUGGACUUGUGAGACAUGACCAUGACAUAACUUGCCACUUCGGCCGACAUCUGAGUUCGAUCAGUCUGUGACAAGGCUGAGGUCGGUGGCAUAUAUCUGAGUAUAGAGACGUGUUUUAAUUGUUCCUUUUUAAAGCCAUUUUUGUUACUCUGCGCGUUGAGACCAUGUCCUGCACUAACUCUGUGCUGGUACAUGAAAUUGUAAAUCCAGGAACAAUGUGAUAUGUAAUGCUUUAAUUUUUGUGAUAUGAUCGUUACAAACAAAACGCAGUCAGGUUUCAGAAAGGUUCAUUUCAAUACUAGUAAGAUCGUACAUGGAUUUCAAAUGACAAACACA